AUGACACUCCAAUUACGCAACUUAGUCUUACUAUUUGUCCUCAUUUCAGGUAUCUUUGGUGCUACUUUGAACAAGGUUGGUGAAUAUGGUACUUACAUGAAUCCAAACCCUCGCAAAACUGCCAAAUGUGAACCGAAUGAUUUAGUCAAGCUAUCCACUUGUUGCAACGAUGUGCUUUCAAAAUUGGAUGAAUGUAAACCCAACGACUUGGCUUGUGAAUGUUGUGCUUUGCAGAGUAUUGAUGAUGAAUGCUAUCACUUGUGUCCUGGAAACCCAAAUACCAAUUUCUUAACGGUGUUGUUGCUGGACUGUGCUGAAAUGAAUGAGGUCAAUGCAUGUUCUUUACCAUUCAAAAAGGAAGAUCCCGAACCACCUAGAAAAAGUAUUGUUAGAACAGAUGAAGAAGAUCCAAGAGUUUUGGAUGAUCCUGUUGAUGCCAGCUUGCAAAGCAAAGUAUACAAUGUUGAGUCCUUAACUAAACAACCCCAAAUUAAAAAUCAGAAUUUAAAUUUGUUGGUCAGUAACGAAGGGGGCAAAGAAGAGGAGGAUGAUAAGCAAGUGAAUGAAGUUAAUGUUACAAAUGAAUCCGUUGUAUUGGACAACAUUACUGUAAUAGUUGUUGAUGCUAACUAUUCAAACUCGACAACAGUGAAUUCUUUGAAUGAGCAUGAAUCCGGUACAAACAAUUUUAACUUACCAAAUGUGGUGAUGUUACUCAUGUUUGGAGCGCUUUAUUGCUAUAUGUGUUGA